UUUAUCUCCCUCCUCCCCGCCCAAUCCAAUUCCCCCUCAAAGUUCUUCCCACUUUCACCUUCUCCCCCUCCAGCACGUCGCCGCUUCCCACCAGAGGGAGCAAUAUUCAUCCUUCUCUUCCUUCUUCUUUUUUGUUUCUUGCUUUCCUCCUCCUCCUCCUCCUCCUCCCGAUGGCCCUGAUUUUGGAGACACUGUUGGAGGUCAUACGGCAGCCGACGGCGGCCGACGUCGCCGCAGAGCUGGCGGUAUUUGUCGCCCCUUUCUGGAUCGCCGUCGUUACCGGCCUUCUGCUAGGUUGGGUUUGGCGGCCCCAAUGGGCUUCCGGACUAGUCAGCGCCGAGAGGCACGAUUCGCCCUCGCAACUUCCGCCUCUGCCCGAGCCUUCAGCUAGUUCUACCUCGUCGGCGGCUGAUACAGCCAAUACGAUGGCGGAUGAGAAGAGCAGUGACAAACCGGUAGUGACUGACGAGGACGUGGAGCACCUUUUCCGUCUGGUGGAGGAGACUGAUGAGGGGCCGGUGUGGCAGAAGAUGAUGGACAAGUCCUUGCCAAGCAUGUCUUAUCAAGCUUGGAAAAGAGAGCAUAAGACGCUCCCUCUACAAUACCGUAGCAGCACUAUAUACGAGGAGACAACGCCAGAGAUACUGAGGGACUUCUUUUGGGAUGAUAAUUUCCGGAUAAAAAAUGGAUGGGAUGACAUGCUCCUCCAGCAUGCCACAUUGAAGGAGUGCAUGACCACAGGGACGAUGGUAGUUCAGUGGGUUCGAAAGUUUCCUUUCUUCUGUAGCGACAGGGAGUAUAUUAUAGGUCGCCGCAUUUGGCAGUCAGGACAGACUUAUUAUUGCAUAACAAAGGGAGUGCCUUGUACGGACGUACCUCGGCGCAACAAACUGCGACGCGUUGACUCGUAUUAUUCAAGCUGGUGCAUUCGUCCAGCUGAAUCAAAAAGAGAUGGCCAGAUGAGUGCCUGUGAGAUUCUUCUGUUUCACCAUGAAGACAUGGGCAUCCCACGGGAGGUCACAAAGCUGGGGGUUCGUCAGGGGAUGUGGGGCUGUGUCAAGAAGAUUGAGCCCGGCCUGCGAGCCUACCAAGCUGCCAGGAGGUCCAAUGAACCAUCGUCGAGGUUCGCUUUAAUGUCACAAAUCAACACCAAGUUUGAUGCUGAUCGGCUACGAUCUACUGAGAUCGUCUCGGAUUCAUCAACUGAAAUUGUGGAAGCAGAGAAACCUAAGAGCUGGGCCAGUAACAUUCCUAGGUUUCUUAUAGUUGGCGGGGCCGUAGCUGUUGCCUGCACUCUUGACCAUGGUCUUCUGACUAAGGCUGUCAUUUUUGGUGUUGCGAGGAGGUUUGCAGGGAAGGGCAAAUGAAUUUAAUCUGUAAAUAAGGAAUUGUACAAGGGCCGCUUAAGCAUUGCUGCGGAACAAUGAAAUUGUUUUUUGCCAAAAUCAUUCCUUGUCAUCGAGGGUUAGACAUAAAAAAUGUAUAGCUAUAUCUUAUGGUUCUUGUUCAAAAAUGUAUUUCCAUGAUGACCGGUGGAAAAUUUUCGUGGAGUCGGAUCAAU